UCACUUCCCUUGUCCUGGCUGCCUGGGCCGCUCUCGGGACGAACUCCCUGAACGAAGCGGCAGGGCCAUGACCUCAGGGGCGCUGCUGCUGCUUCUGGGGGUGCUCGGGGCGCCCCUCGCCCCAGGUGCCCGCGGGUCGGAAGCCGAAGGCCAACUUCUUAAGAAACUUUUCUCGGGCUAUGACAGCUCCGUGCGGCCGGCGCGGGAGGUGGGAGACCGCGUGGGGGUCAGCAUUGGCCUCACCCUGGCGCAGCUCAUCAGCCUGAACGAGAAGGAUGAAGAAAUGAGCACAAAGGUGUACUUGGACUUGGAGUGGACGGACUACAGGCUAAGCUGGGACCCUGCGGAACACGAUGGCAUCGAUUCUCUCGGCAUCACUGCUGAAUCUGUUUGGCUCCCGGAUGUGGUGCUUCUCAACAACAAUGACGGAAAUUUCGACGUUGCCCUAGACAUUAAUGUCGUGGUCACCUUCGAGGGCUCUGUGCGCUGGCAACCCCCUGGCCUGUACCGCAGCAGCUGCAGCAUCCAGGUCACCUACUUCCCCUUCGACUGGCAGAAUUGCACCAUGGUGUUUAGCUCCUACAGCUAUGACAGCUCUGAGGUCAGCCUGAAGACGGGCCUGGGGCCUGACGGACAGGAGCGUCAGGAAAUCCACAUCCACGAAGGGACCUUCAUUGAGAAUGGCCAGUGGGAGAUUAUCCACCAACCCGCUAGGUUAGUCCAACUUCCAGGGGACCCUAGAGGAGGAAAGGGGGGGCACCGUGAGGAAGUCAUCUUCUACCUCAUCAUCCGACGGAAGCCUCUCUUCUACCUGGUCAAUGUCAUUGCCCCAUGUGUCCUCAUCACUCUCCUGGCCAUCUUUGUCUUCUACCUGCCACCGGAUGCAGGGGAGAAGAUGGGGCUCUCCAUCUUUGCCUUGCUGACCCUCACUGUGUUCCUGCUCCUGCUGGCGGACAAAGUGCCCGAGACGUCGCUUGCCGUCCCCAUCAUCAUCAAGUAUCUCAUGUUCACCAUGAUCCUCGUCACCUUCUCGGUCAUCCUGAGCGUCGUGGUCCUCAACUUGCACCACCGCUCGCCCCACACCCACCAAAUGCCCUUCUGGGUCCGCCAGAUCUUCCUUCACAAGCUCCCUCCAUACCUGGGUCUGAAGAGGCCCAAACCCGAGAGGGACCAGCUGCCGGAACCACAACACUCUUUUUCUCCAAGAAGUGGCUGGGGCCGAGGGACUGAUGAAUAUUUCAUCCGGAAGCCUCCAAAUGAUUUUCUUUUCCCUAAACUUAACAGGUUUCAGCCUGAAUCAUCUGCCCCGGACCUGCGACGAUUUAUCGAUGGCCCAACCCGGGCUGUAGGUCUGCCUCAGGAGCUACGUGAGGUCAUUUCUUCCAUCAGCUACAUGGCGCGACAGCUGCAGGAACAGGAGGACCACGAUGCACUGAAGGAGGACUGGCAGUUCGUGGCCAUGGUUGUGGACCGUCUCUUCCUGUGGACGUUCAUCGUUUUCACAAGCGUCGGGACCCUAGUCAUUUUCUUAGAUGCCUCGUACCACCUGCCCCCUACUGAACCUUUUUCUUGAGGACCAGAGGGCCAUUUUUUGCCAAGAGUUGC